UUUUUAUUUUAUGGAAAAAAUUCUCCGAAUCGAUUUUAUUUUUUCUGUUUCUGUUUCUUUCUUUUGCUUUUCGCAUAUUUUAAUCUGAAAACAAACAUUUUAACGCUGAGUAAAAAAAAAAACAAACAAAUUCAAAAUAUCGGUAAAAUAAUAUAUUUUGUCUUUUUACGUGCAAGGUAAACAAACCGCAACAAAAAUGUUCAACAAAAGAACAAUAACAUCGUCGACGAAGAGUCGCACCAGCAACUUCUGUCAACCCUCCCCAUCGACAUCAAAGAUGACAGGCAAAGUUAUUCCCAGCAAUGUUAUUGCACCCGAAUCUCCUGAAACCGAAGGAACCAUCAACAUUCCUCAUAUUAAAAUCAAAGACAACAGUCGAUUGUUACCCAAGUAUGCAGCUGCUUUGGACCGAAGCAAAGACGACCAGUUGCCAGCUGAGGAUUUGGAUAGUGUUCAACUGGAACUAGAGAGUCUUCUGACUAAUGUAGCUUUGCGAUACAGAGUGCUCAAGGCGGAAUAUGAUGUAAUUGACCGAGAUGAGAAACGCUUUGAUCGGCGCCAGAAAGCCCAGGACAAGGCUCCACAUUCGCCGGGAAAGCGAAAGCGCGAAGAGAGUAGAAAGCCAAAGAAACCUCAUUUCAAGCUGUCCAAACAAAGGACUAUUUCAGCUCUUAGUCCGGCCCAAUCUCAGAACACCGACGACAGCAUGGAUGCGGUGCCCACUAAUCAACAUCAACACAAGGAUCAACCUAAGGUUGCACUACUGAAAAACGACACACCCAACAAAUUCUGGUUGUCUGUGGAGCCGUAUUGCAUGCCAAUAACAAACGAAGAUCUCAGGUUGCUAGACGAUCUGCUUGAGCAAUAUUCGGGUCCCUUAGUUCCUCCUAUUCCUGAGCUUGGUGCUCAUUAUUCAACAACUUGGGCGAUGGAAGACCUUAAGGAAGAGGAAAACAAUUCAAACCCCAACAUAAAUUCUAAGUCGAGAUCGAAGAAUUCCUCGAACAGCGAGGUAAUUUCUUUGCUGCGAAAAGGUGAGCAACUGAUGGGCGAUGGAGUUACCGGACCUUUGACACAACGUCUGGUGUCUGCUUUUCUCGAGGAGAACCUCAUCGGCGAUGUGAUGUCGAACAUCGACAGCAACAGCAGUUCAGACAACACAAAUUCCACCAACUCGACGCUGUGUUCAUUGUCCCUUCUGAAGAACGGAAUCGAUCUGGAGAAGCGCGUCAAACAGGAACUCAUUGAACAGGGUCUCCUUGAAACCGAGGAAUUUGUCAAACCCGACGAGGAUGAGGUUUAUUCAGAAAUCAAGCGAGUAACAGCUGAGCUGUCGGCUAUUGCCGAAUAUAAUGCCACUGAACUUCGCCGAUUGCAGGAAGCUGCUAAAUGUGAGAUAAGACGAUUGGAGAUCAAACGAAAGCUCGAUGUUGUUGAUCACGAAAUUCUGGAGGCGUAUAAGCGGACGGUACAGGCAAAACAGAAACGCAGACUAUUAAGUCCAGAAGAACAAGAGGAAAUCUUUCGCCUGACAGCGGAGCAAAAGAGAUUGUCAGAUCAGCUAGAUAAGGCACCGAACCCGGUGCUUAGUUUUAAUGAUUAGAUUUUUAAGAAGUGCUUCCACAUUGUUAUUGUGGAUUAACAAUAUUUUAGUUUUUAACAAAAAAAAAAAUGAACAUUAAAUACUGAGGCAACUUUGGUGGAAAAUGUUAUCGAGUUGUUCACUCAUUUUAUGAAAAUAAAUUUCUUUUGUUUCCUCAAGUUGAAAUAUAGAACGUGUUGUAACUUAUUUUACAAACAAUUUUACUGCAAAAAUAGCACCAGUUAGAUACUUUCUCACUCACUCCUUAUUCUUUUGGUUUUACAAGAUUAAUUUAAAAAUGAUAGAUAAGAUUUUAAAUAAACAAAAAGAGAAAAGUACAAUUUGUUCAUAAAAGAGCU